AUCAAAACUAAAUGAAUGCGGACUUCAGAAGCCAUUGUUUCAACACAUGCGAGACAAACAGGCGAUUUGAGGAAGGAGGAGGAGACCCAAACAGCAUCAGGGCGAGACAGUAGCAAAGGAAAGAUGGGAGUUCAUUUUUAUUUCACCGUUAAGACCAGCAUGUGCGCUCACACUUCUAAACAAUAAACUGCAGUUAAAGCUGGUAUUAUUAUUACAGAUGCUAAAAUGUGUCGUUUCGGUCAACAGAGCCACUCGGUGAUAAAAAUCUUACUGGCCCUGGCCCAGUGUGUGAAUCUUGAGGGGCCUUGCGGAUGAAGUAUCGCCUCUGAAGUUAAUUGUGUUUUCGUUUUCGAGGGGAAUAGAUUUCCUCUGUUUAUUAUGAGCAUGGGGACGGAUUUGCGUCACUGUGCAACUUGCAGGUUGAGAUAAAGUUGCACAAAUAUUGAAAAAGGGAAGUUCUAACAGUCAUUAUAAAGUCGUCGUCCUACCGCCCCCCCUUACUCCGGAAGAAAUAAGGAUUUCUGCUGUAUCCUAAAAUACUUAAACGGGUUCUAUUUUAGGGCCAUAUCUAGCAAGCAUAUCCGCUCAUUUAACGCGAAUCACAGCCCAUCAAAAACAGGAUGAGUGUGCGCUAAUAGAGACUCUCCUGAGCCCGAGGUUACAAGAUUUCUACAGGUUCUUGGAAAUGCCUUAAUGUUUCUGUUUGGUUUCCCUUUAUUUUUGUAUUUAAACCUGACAGAUCAAAGAGUUUCUCGCCAAUUGUGGCCAAUUGUUCACCAAUUUCCAAAAGGAAGAAUCGUAAAUAGCGUCAACUCAUGCGUAAAGAUGGUUUCGUGUGCGGCCAUACGGGUGAAAAUGAGGUUCUCUUUAAGUCAUCAAUCCAUCAUCUCAAGAUUAAAUUUGUUCCAAAGUGUCCUGGUUAUGCGUGUGUGAGAGAGAUCCUAUGUUACACAUCACCUUCAUUUGCAGGGUGUGAUGUGAGCAAAUGCGAAACAUCCAUUGGCUCAGAAAGUAACCAAUCAGUGUCAGCGGAGGAACUUCGGAGCGGAGCUGCAGGGUUUGGAUUUCAGAGUUAGGCGAUUUUGGCACUUAGAUAAAGAGGACGGUCAUCUGUCCUCCUAAACCGCUGCGCCGUGUUUUUUACAUGCCUGUCCGUUUAUACACCUCUCUGAGAAACAAUACGACGCGCAUUAGAGGCUGGCUACGCGGAAAAAGAUGUACACGGCUGGGCUCAACCCGUUUUACGCAUCAAAUUUUAGCCUCUGGUCUGCGUACUGCGCUGGAGGCUUCGCUGUGGAUACAAUGAAAAAACCCUCGUUUUGCAUCGCCGACAUUUUGCAGGCUGGAGAUGCGGAGAACAUCCAGGGAUCGUCGGCCCUCAUGGUGCACAUGGGACACCACCACCGCGCUCAGCAGGCGCACUCCGGCGGCUCUCCGCUGCGCCCGUCUCCCGUGGCUCCAGAGCCGUCAGUGUACGGUGCCAGGAUGAGCCCUGCGUCUCCGUACCACAGACACGGACUACAGCUCACUUCAUUCUCCAGGACGGCAUUUAACUCCCAACAGGCGCCUCCGCCUUCAAGCAAAGACCUCAAGUUUGGAAUUGAUCGGAUAUUGUCGACAGACUUUGAACCAAAAUGCAAAGAGAAAUCGUCGCUAAGAGAUCUCACAUCCAUCGUUAGCUCGAACCGUCAGUCAGGCAUCCACGUCCCCAUUCAGCCUCCGGCCAGCCAGUACUUCUCCUCCAUAGACCCGGGGAUGAGCGACGCGUCCGCCAUGAUGAGUUCACUAGGCAGCAGCAGCAGCAGCAGACAAUCAGGCCAGCAUCAGUUUCAGGACACCUUCCCAGGUCCGUAUGCCGUCCUCACAAAAGACACAAUGCCUCAGACGUACAAGAGGAAAAGGUCGUGGUCGAGAGCAGUGUUCUCAAACCUGCAGAGAAAAGGACUGGAGAAGAGAUUUGAAAUACAGAAGUAUGUCACCAAGCCAGACCGAAAACAGCUGGCUGCCAUGCUGGGGCUAACAGACGCUCAGGUAAAGGUGUGGUUCCAGAACAGGCGCAUGAAGUGGAGACACUCCAAGGAGGCCCAGGCUCAGAAAGACAAGGAGAAGGACGACAAGUCGGAGAAAAGCCUGUGCGAGUCCGGCGGCAGGGAUCCCAAAGAGCCCACCGAGUCUGAUGAGUGCGAGAGCGAGGGCAGGAGCGAGUGCGAGUCGGACGAGGCUCCGGAGGAAACGGCUCACGGACACUUGGACGCUUCUGAGCACAACAAGACGAGCGUGAUCAUGAGCGGGAGCGGCGCGGAGGCAGCGGCCGCGGACACGGACACGGCGGCCUCCCAGGAGCAAAUAUAGAGGCUGCCCGGGGGGGAAAAAAAAGAACGAGUCUGUUAUUUUUGACAGAAAAACGACGGUGAUGUCUGGACACACGUGCAGAGGCAGUGUGAGUUCACUGAACAAUAAGCUGCAGCGACACAACACGCUCCUUUAACCCUUAGAUGCACCAGUGGUCGGACUUUCUGUCAUAAGUGGGUCAAAAAUAAGAACCAGUGAAGCUUUUAUGCCAUUUUUUUUUUGUCAUUUUGGUGAAGAAGAAUAAUUUAUGUUGCUGUGUUGUAUUAUAUUUUGGUCCACAUGCGACUGAUUAAAUAUGUGAAAUAUGUUUAUUUUUCACUUUAUAGCACAUUUUGAUGAUUGGAAAAGAAGGAUAUGAUACAGAGCAGCAGUAGAAGAAUGCAAGUGUCCGUUGUGUUGACAUUUUUCCACUCUUUUCCUCCAAGUUUGUGCACUUCAUCACCUCUUGUGGGAUGUUGUCAGUGAUUUUUAUUUUUUUUAAAAGCUCGGGGUAGUAAUAAAAAUAUUCUUUAAAUGCAUAAAGGGUAGCUUAAAAAUUUAAAUGGAAUGACAUAAUUGUAUCAGAAACUGGAAAAUGAAAUGAUAAAAAACACUUUUCAUGACAAAGAUAUAGCACUCCUGCAUCUAAGGGGGGGAUGAAGACGCUGUUUUAUGUGUUCAUUACAGCACAUGGGCCAGAAUGAGGAAACCACUGAUUAUUUAAUUUAAAAGACCAACUCGCGGCCUUCUCCACUGUCCACCGACCUACUGUCGUUUUUCUAUGGAGAACUCCGGUGUGCAUCACGUUUUCCUCAUCCGAAGGAAACAUGCGGUUGUGAAUUUUGAAGGUUUUGAACCACUCGCUUCACGUUAGAAAUGAAAUCACGGCAGUGCUCAUGACGGCAGUGUUUUAUUCUGUUUUGUUUUUGUUUUUUUGUGGCUUUUGAUGUAUAGUUGUGCUAUUUUGUUAAUAAUAAUUUGCACUGAAAAUGUUGUAAAUAAAAUGUUUUCUUACUUUGAAA